AUGGCAUCGUCAUCAGUCAUCGCAAAACAAAGCACUUACAACAUUGUUGCAACGGAUGUUAGUUCAUCUAUGGAGAAAAUCCAAGACUACAAAAGUUUAGAUUUAGAACCUUUCGAAAAAAGUCCAGUAUGGUCUGAUGAAUAUCUUUCACAACUGAACAUCCAACGUCGUCCUUUUGAUUUUCAAAUUGAACUCAUUCAAUCUGUCAUAAACAAUGGAAAUUCGAUUGUUAGUUUACGAACAGGUGCAGGAAAAACAUACAUAGCUGCACUUUUAAUAAAAUAUUAUUAUAUAAAGAAACGAAAAGAAAAAAAUGAACAGUUUUUAACAUUUUUCUUUGUUCCUCAUCGUUCAAUUCGUGAUCAACAAGUAAAAGCUAUACGCGAUGUUGGCGAUCUUCGUGUUAUGCCUUGUGAUGAUAAUUCAACAGCUAAUGAAUUUGUUCAAUAUAGUCAUGUUGUUGUUUGUACACCACAAAAGUUUUUGAAUUGUUUAAUCGAUAAAACUAUUCUUUUAAAUCAACUUGAUUUGUUAAUAUUUGAUGAAUGUCAUAAUUGCAUUGGAAAUCAUCCAUAUUUGAAAAUGAUGGAACAAUAUUUAGUUUAUUAUCAAUCGAAGCAUCAACCGAAAAUAAUUGGUCUUACUGCUUCUUGUGGAACAAAACUAACAAAUCCAAAGUUAGUAAUUGAAGAAUUAUCAGAUGCUGAAAAGCGUCGAAAUAAUGCUCUCAAUAAGCUUUAUGAAUUAUGUGCAACACUCAAUUGUCAUGAUGUUGUAACUGUAAAAAAAGCAGAACAUAUAGAAGAAUUGAAUAAAAAAAUACAUAGACCAACAGAUGAUCAAAUUCUCACUGUUCAAUCAAUGUCAUUUGAUCAGUAUAUAAAAAAAUUAGUAGAAAUAAUUGAAUCUCUAUUAGGCUAUAUUGGAUCUAAAUGUUCUCCAAGUAUUGAUGCAUUAACCGAUGAACAACAAUUAGUUCAAAAACAAAGGGAUGCAGAGAUAUACAAUAAUUUCACUAAUGUGAUAUUGAUUAAAUACAUGAUUAUGUUUGUUAAAAGACUCCAUGCAUUAACUGAUUUACCAUUGAAAUCAAUAAUAAAUGAUAUCAUCAAGAAAAUUGAUCUAUUUUACAAUAAAAAAGAAACGCCAAUAGAAAUUGAAACUAAAAUUCAUGAUUAUUGUCUACAAACAGUAAAUAGUAUAGUCGAUCAAUUGAAAGAAAGUCAAUAUUAUUUAACAAAUCCUAAACUUGAUUUUUUAACUAAUUUAUUACAACGACUUAUUAAACAAAGAGACAAUGCAAGAGGAUUAAUUUUAGUAUCGCGUACACUUUAUGCUAAGCUAAUGUUUGAUUAUUUCAAUGAACGUGAAGAUAUUAAGUCUUAUCAAUCAAUGAUGAAGUAUUUAGGAUUGUCGAAUGUGUUGAUUGCUACAGAUAUCGUACAAGAAGGUUUGGAUGUACCGGAAUGUUCUUUUGUUAUACGUUAUGAAUUUGUUUCAAAUGAAAUUGGCACAGUUCAAUCAAGAGGACGAGCUCGAGCAGAAAAAAGCUCUUUUUUUCUAGUUGUUGAUGAAGGUUCAAAAAAUCCCAUUAAAGAGAUGACAAAUCGUUUGAAAGAAUUGGAAAUGCUAGAAGCACUUAACAGUUGGCAACAAAUAUCACCUGAUCAAUUGAAACUUAAUCUUCAAAAAGUGCAGAAUAGAAUUAUUAAUCAAUGGCGUGUCGAAGCAGAAUUGCAACGAAUAAUUCAAUCUAAUUUAGCAGAUCCACAGACCAUAGAUGGCAAAGUUUCAUGUCGUUCAUGCGAUCAUUAUUUAGGUCAACUUUCAUGGUUACGCAAACGAAGAAAAGUUCGAUGUGGCAAUAGAAAAUGUCGUGAGGAUAUAGGUGGAGCCCAACAAUUUACAGAUCGACCAGAUAUUCUAGAAAUAUGUGCACUUACAUGUAAAAAAUUGAAAUUUUCUUUCAAAGAUUUAUACGGCAAUUAUCACAUUUCAACGUUCAAGAAAUGGACUGACGUUAGAUUUAAAAUACUUGAAUUGGAGCCACCCAUGUCAACCAAUACAGUACCUGUUCAACAGUAGAUCACUAUUCUCCCUGAUUUUUACUAACCAUAUAUCUAUACUUCGAUGAAACAUAUAUUUAUACAAGAUAUUUGAGAACUGCCCACAAUAUGAUUUUAUUAUGUUUUGUGGAUUCAAUAUCGUUCUUUGUUCGAUGCAAUAUUGUCUCCGACUGAGACUGGUCGUUUUUCGUCUGUGUUCGAUUUCUCACGUAAUGUCCUAGAUAUAUGUGUGUUGAUAGGGUGUGGGUAUGGGUGUGGGUGUGGAUGGGGUGUGGGUGGGUGUGAGUGUGGGUGUGUAGGUGUGGGUGAGUGUGCAGAUAAAAAAACCACUUACAUCCACACGCACACCCACAUCCUUACACCCACAUACACCCACACCCACACCCCACCCUCUUGAAAGAGUGUCAAGUCUAAAAGACUCUCUUAUCCCUUUACAGCCGGAUGUAUCCAUUUAGAUACAUGAAGCCAAUGUUUUACGAAGAAGUAACUUGUAAUGAUGAUAUGAAAUGUUUUGACGAUUUGAUAAAUAAGUUAACACAUUUCAACACACAUUCACGUGUUUAGAAGAGGGAAAUAAUACUCACUAAGAAAAUGGCCGGCUCUAUCCAAAAUGCCCCAAAAUAGCGUUCGUAUAGAAACAAUCCUUUUCUCGUAUCUCUAAAUAAUCAAACUUCGAAGCAAACAGUUGUUAAUUUUCCUUCAUAGACCUACUGUCUAUUGGAUCCUAAGACGGAUUAUUUAAAAAAUCCGAAUGAUAAAAAAUGGGGAUGUAUCCAUUUAGAUACAUCCGGCCACUAAGGGACAAAAAUUUUGAAAAAGUCAUUUCU